AACGAGUCUGUGUGCAUAAAAUAUAUUAACAGGAUAUUGUAUACGUAAAUAUUAUUACACAUAUGUAUUGCUGAAUGACUGCAAAAUAAUGUCGGACAAAAACGGUGAUGAGAAAAAAAAGAAACAGAUCGAGGGUGACAAGAAGAAAAGUCUGAACGGAACUGUUAGCGGCUGUAAUUUUCCAUCAAUUUCCGAACCCACGGCUCAGGAAGCGCCGCGGAUGGCGGAUGCUGGAAUUAGAGAUGUUGAAAAUUCUGCGACAGUCUUGCCACAUGGUCAACCGAAGAGCGGGAGUGUUGAAGAACUCAACAACGGGGACAAUGACGAGCAUCACGAUUUCGAAUCGCUCGAAUACGAGGAGGACGUUUAUUACAAUCGUGACAUAGCCGCUAAUACACCAAGCUUCGACGACAUUGAUGAGCUCAGCGAUAGCGACGAAAUCGUGGUUCACUGCUGGCGCGGAUCGAGCGGUGACAUAGAGGAAAUCGUUGUCGACGAUUCCAUGUACUGCAUAUCGGUUGAGACUGAUUUUAAUAAUCCUAUGCAGCAACGAGAUAUACCGCAAACGAAUGCUGACGCGGAAUCAGACCCAAUUAAUAAGAAUGAUAAAAAAUUUUUAAACGUUAAUAAAAAUAAUAAUAAAAGUAAUGUCAACAGCGUUGGUAUGGGCAAGAAAAAGAGAUCCGUCAGGGUUAUAUUUCAGGAUCUUUCGAAACCGUAUCUGGCGAAAAUCAGUAGUAGUCAAAACUACAAAAAGUUUCUUGAAAUUGUGAAAGGAGAAGAAGCUUCCCCCCAUCCGGUAGACCCUCUGGCCUCUCCUACGGAUGACUUUGUAGCAAGAGGAAUCCUCGAGGAAGGGGAGCAACGAAGAGACGAAUGGGCCGCCGAGUUGGCAAAGGUUGAAGAGGAGAUACAGACGUUGAGGCACGUUUUGGCGAGCAAAGUCAAAGUUUCCCAAGAACUAAAGCGAAAGCUCGGUAUUGGGGCCUGGAAGGAAUUAACAGAUGAUGUUAACCAGGGUCUUCGGAACGUCAAGGAGAGCCAAGUAUUCCAGAAAACCGAAUCGGUGAUAAAAACUACAGCAGAAAAAACCAGCAGCAUCUUGGGCGGUUUUGGUAGCGGCAUUUCCAUGAAAUUAGGACAAAUGCGUAAUUCUGAGAGCUUCCGAUCUCUCGAAGAGAGGGUUGGUUCUGCCUACGAAAAUGUCAAGACCAAAGUCGUGCCGUCGAGGUCAAAUUCAACUCAGAGUUUCGACGAGGCAUUAAGAGAGGCCGAAGCAACGAGACGAGCAUCGGCCAUACCGAUAGCAACAAGCCCGACCAUCCCCGAGGACAAGCCUCUUUCUUAGAGCCGACCGUAUAUUAUUAUUAUUAUCAUCGUCUGUUUACAUUAAUUAUUACAAAUAAUACUAUUAUCAUUAUAAUUAUUAUUAUUGUUUGCCCUGCGCACGCGUUUUCUCCGCAUUUAUUUGAUUCUCGUCACGUGCCUCCAACAGUCUUAAUUUUUACUCCACAUAAUUUAAUACCCUUCGGAUUCAUACUCUAGCGGUGACAUAAAGGGAGGAAAUAGAGACACCGUCCUAAGACAAUAUUAAAUAAAACCAGUCGAUCAAUUUGGAACGAUAUAGGAACUCCGUGCUGAAACGCCUGUGUAUUCCUAAUUUGUUUCAGUUUUUCUUUGAUUAAACAAGAUACGCAGUACUUGAGGAAAAUAAUCAAUACUACUUUUCCAUCGAUUUUCCGGACAGUCGUCUGUGUAUCUUCUGUUUCUAAUCUAUUACCUAUUUUAUCUUUAUUCCAAUUUUUGAAUAUCGGUAUUUUGGCACCGAGAAUACGUCUGUCAUCGUCGUGCAUAAUUUUUUUUUACAAACAGUGAUAACAUUACCUAAAUGCACCUAACAAAUAACUCGUACUAUUCGUUCUGCUAUAAUAUAAUACGAAAUCGUAAAAGAAGAAAGGUUAAAGUGACGCAAUGGCAUUUGUCGUUGUACUUAACUAUGAUUAUUAUUAUUAUUGUUGUUAUUGUUAAUAUCAUUGUCGCUUCACUGCUGCUUGGUGGCUUAAACGGAAAGAAUAAAUAAAUAUAAUUUACGAAAAGCGGAAAACAGAGCAUGUAGAUUAAGUGAAUGAGUAAAUUGGCAAAGACUGAUCACAGAGAUGGGGAAAAGUAAAUAUAUCGAUUUUGAAAUAGACUGAAUGGUCAAUGAAUGUUUCAAGUGAACAGGAUCUCAGCAUCAUCGCGUUAAUAAUUCACGAAUUUUCACAUUGAAUCUCUCACUCUUUCUUCGAUCUCUAUGUGGGUAUCCAUUUUUACGUAACAAAAAACAGCUUUCAAUUGAAAGAAGAGAGUGUUUAAUAGAAAUGUAUAAUAUACACAUACACUUAUUGUAUACAUACAUUUAAAUUCUUAUAUGAAAUUGUAGCAAGCUUGCUACGAUACUGCUACUGCUGCUGUUGCAUUCUCCCAAGAAGUGUCCUUUGUUUGAUAAAUAUAAUGAUAGUGAAAAAUAAAUAAUUAAAAUCAAAUGACGAUGUACAAGAAGAAAAUGAAAAAAAAUCUACGGUAAAAUUCUAACGCGUGUCGCGUUGUAACGAAAUAAUUGUACACGUAAAAUAUCAAAUAUUUGAUGUUUCUCAAGUGUUUUUUUUUCACCCUUGCUAUAUUUUCGAAUUGCUUCUCAUUCUCAUUUCAUUUUUUUUUCUUCUUUUGGAAAAACAUGAUAUUCCAGUAGGUUCCAGACGUGCGAAUUUAUCGACCUACCAGCAAAGUAUGUUAAAAGUUUGCGCGUUCUGGAACCGGCUCUUAUCUGCUGGUAAAAUAAUUUUCGACGGUACAUUCUCCUCCAUAUCGGUUCGUUGUAACUGAGAAAACUCUCACAGCUGGCACGAAUUUUUUCGCGCUUCGAUAUCGGCGCAAUAUCUUCAAAAUUAUGGUCACUAUGCCAAUACACAAGAAGCAGUCGACACGACGACGUCAUUCAUCGCGUCCAUUCAAUGAUAAAUCUUUAAUCAUUAUGAAAAUAGUAAUCAUAUAUUGUAGUUAUAUCGUAUUUUUUGACAAAUAAGAUAUCAAGUAUAUUACCACUGUGAAUAUGUAAUAUUAAAUCUAUUGAAUUGCUAUCUAUUUUCUUAUAUUAGUAAUCUAUCGUCGACUCGUUAAAAGAGAACGCAAUGAAUAGCAAAACC